UCCUUGUUCUUAAAGCGUUUCCUUAACACAGACAAGCUGAAAAGCUGUGCCUGCUUCGGUGAACAAAGCCUGACUGCGCGAUCACGUUCAACACGAAGUCCUUCCCUUACGCGCGACCCACCCGCUCCGCGACCACAGGUCGCUGGAACACAACCCCGGUGGCGCAGAGUCUAAUGAUAGCGCGCCCUCUACCCGACUACAACUUCAGCGCGGAGUCCCAGGAGCACGGCGGGUAGUGGUCGGGCAGGUGGAGGCUAGAAAAGGGGGGCGGACCCGCGGUCACACCAUCUUCCGCUUUCGUCAUUUCCGGGUGCGACCGCCGCUUCUGUCCGGCUGAGCGCUGGACGCCUUGGGUCCUCUCUUAUUGCAUCUGGCCGUCUGGGCAACUGCCCCUUCCCUGUUCCCAGCGGGAAGGACAUGAGUGUUCCUGGGCCGACGUCCCCGGACGGGGUCCUGACAGGGCCACCCCACGGCCUCGGGGCCGGGAAGCUGACGCCAGGUUUAAGUGACACUUCGCCAGAUGAAGGGUUACUAGAGGACUUGACUGUAGAGGACAAAGCUGUGGAGCAGCUGGCAGAAGGAUUGCUUUCUCACUACCUGCCAGAUUUGCAGAGAUCAAAACAAGCUCUUCAGGAACUCACACAGAACCAAGUUGUAUUACUAGACACACUGGAACAAGAGAUUUCGAAAUUUAAAGAAUGUCAUUCUAUGUUGGAUAUUAAUGCUUUGUUCACUGAAGCUAAACACUAUCAUGCUAAGUUGGUGAAUAUAAGAAAAGAGAUGCUGAUGCUUCAUGAAAAGACGUCCAAGUUAAAAAAAAGAGCCCUUAAACUGCAGCAGAAGAGGCAGAAAGAAGAGUUGGAAAGGGAGCAGCAACGUGAGAAGGAGUUUGAAAGAGAAAAGCAGUUAACUGCCAAACCAGCUAAGAGGACGUGAGAAGCUGAGAGAGUGUGUGUGUGUCCCCGCUUCCCUGCCCGUGUGGCUGGCAUCCAGGGUGGCCUCAGUGUAGACUGGAGUGAAGGUAGUGCCUUACACCACCGUCUCACGUCUUGCAGUUCUUUCCCCAGGACUGCUAUCUCCGUAUCUUCAUUUCCACACUCAAGAAGCUUCCCCCCUGAGCAGAAGAAAUAAUAUCACUCGGUUUGAGUAUUUAUGUGUAAUUUUCCAACUUCUUUUGUGCAUAAUUUUCAAAUUUAUUAUUUUGGCCUUGAAUGAUAUAUAAACUGGGACAUGGUAUAGACUCUAAGUGGUUAAAAACUAGGAUGAGUUUUGUAGCAUCUUGGUAAGUGUGGAUUUAAAAGAUUCAGUUUCUUAUUUAUGGAAUAACUUGCCUUUCUGGCAACCCAGUGCUAGUUUUUGGUAAUUGCCUUUUCGUUGUUCGGUUAAGAAGAAAUGCUAACUGUUUAAUCACAUAUGCCAUUGGAAAAGAGUUGGUAUAAGCCUUUGUGAAGAAGAUGAUGGAGACAUGUGUACACAGGAAAUAGCAUCUUAGACGUGGGACAGGUGGGCAAGAUUCCAGACAGAUCCUGCUAACCAUCUCCUCUGCUUCCUAAUGUUGCUCCUUUGUUCAUAUGUUCUCCAUGCUGAAAGUAGAUGAUCCCUACUUCUAAUGUCUGACAAGGGUGAUAGAGCUGUCACAUGCUCAAGUAGGCUACAAUAUUUAUAAUACUUAGAGUUGUCACACACUGAGAUCCAGUUGUCAAAUUGAUAAGAUACGAGUCCAACUUUCCAUUGGAAGGUCUGUCGCUAGGUCUGUCUGUCCUCUGAUUUGCUCUGUGGCCUUACAUGUGGUUAUUUUUUCUUGUGCUUUUAAAAAAAAUUCGUAAAAUAGAAUGAUACCUAUAGCAACUACCCGUUUUAUAAAUAAUAAGAAGAAUGGUGGAAAAUUAGCAAAUAGCUUCUUCACACAGAGGCAGCAUGAAUGAUACCUUUAGUAUUUUCUAGAUUGUUCCCCUCCAUAUUUUCAGUAGAACCUAUGUGAGGGAAAUAGCACAUGAAGUUUCAUUUUUUAAGAUUGAGAGUAUAUUAUUCAUUGUUUUAGAGUUAUUUAAUAUGCAACUGGUCUUCAAUCUCUAUUACAUAGAGACUGUACAGAACCUAUAAAGGUGUAUGCUUAGAACUCUGUAUCUUUUGUAGUCUACAUUACAUUUUGGUAAGCUGGAAUCACUACCUCUGAUCUCAUAUCAGGCCAAUUAAUCAGGGAGAGGGCUUUAGAUUUAAGCUGACUGCUCAAAACUGGUCUGUUUACAGGUUUUAAACAGUUUAUUGGAAAGCCAGUCCCUUUAAUGAAUGAAUUAUGAUCUCACAAUUUACUUGACUUUACUGGAUAUUUAAAAAUACAAAUAGAUAUUAUCUUAAAAGGCCGCAUUUGCCCUCAGACACUAGCUAAAACUUGCCCAGGGCAGGAGUCAUUAACACCUGAAUUGCUGAAUGUCCUCAUUUAGAAAGGCGGUGCAUUGUUUUUUAGAGUGGUUUAUGGGCCAACUGCAGUGAUUAUUUAAAAUGCUGGUUCCUGGACACCAAGCUCUGAAUCUAACGGAAGCAGAUCUGUUUGUUUGUUUUGUCUUUUUUUUUUAAAACCCCGCUGGUGAUUCCUGAUGUACCUUAAAAGUUGAGACCCACUGGUCUAGUGGUCUAGGUCAGAGGUUCACUCUAGGCUGCAUGCCAUUAUCACCUGGGAACUUAAAAAUAAAACAAAACAGACAUUCUGGAAGAUUCUUACUCAUUAGUUCUGAGGUGGGCCUGUGCAAAUUUUAAGAGCUCCCCACACAAGUCCAAUACAGGGAACUACCCAUCUGGACUGUCUAGUGAUUUAUAUUUAUAAGGAAUGAAAUAGUUUAAAAAGCUACCCGGUAACUCUUGGGAUUAAUCUUAUGAAGUGAAUUCUGAACUGCUGCUUCUGAUACAAAAUCAGAUUUAAGACUGAAGUAGAUAGCAGGCAGGAAAUAGAUACAGACUUUUAGUUAAUUAGUUGAAUUUCUGUGACCUGUAUUAAAGUAAAUCAUGUUUAUUGUGUGAGUGGCAAGGCACAUACACUUUUUGAAUUGCAUUUAAGGUUUGAAGAUUUUUUAAAAUGUCAAGAAUAAUAUAUUAGCAGUCACUAUUUUUAGGUCAGUUGUAAAUCAGAAGUACUGUUAUAUUGGUAAUUACAAUCUAAAACUUUAGCUGUAUUUCAGUAGCAUAGAAACAUACUUUACUGACUAAACCUAAAUGGAACCCUUAUAUUAGUCUUGAAAUAUUUUUGCAUAAUAUAAUGAAUUGGUAUUUGGUUUGAAAAUAAUUACUUUUAGUUUUUUGGUGGAAGAAAUUGCCUUUGUUUUGAAGUAUAUCACAUACAUACUGAACUAAAAUGAUGACAGUUAAUUUUGUAUUUACUUUGUGGUAUUAUGUAAAUAUGCAGACAUUGAAUGUAAUAUGGAUUGUGUCUGCAGUGAGUGUUUGGGUGGAUAUAGUUCAUAAAUAUGCCAGUUAUACACCCUUGUACAUUUGUCUGAUUUUGAGCUUGUACAAUGUGGACUACUUUUUACACAUUUAAUAAAAAAAGGUCUUGAAUUAUC